GCCACAGCGGCGGCGGGGGAAGAAGCAGCUGCUCGCAGCCCUCGGCCCUUGCCCCCACCCAGCGCCAGCCAGACGGGGGAGGCAGAGCGCCGGAGGGUGGCGGCCUCCGGGGUCUCCGCUCCGGGAAGCCUCUCGGAGCCGGGGUGUUGUUGCUAAUGAGCUCUCUCUACUCCCUUCCUACAAUGAAAGACAAACCAGACCCCGGGUACCUGGAUGGAUUGGGAGCUGAAGUCUCAGAAACUUCCUGAUAAGUUGCCGAUGGCUACCAGCCAAGGCCGGAGGGUGGUUGUGCAGUUGUGUUGAGCACACAUCACACAUGAAAGGGCCCUUUAAAGAGCUGGAUUGAUUGGAAGGACAAAAAUUAAAAGCAAUCCGAUCCAGCCUCAUGCCAGAUCCCUGCGGACUCUCUCCGUCUCCCAUUUCCAUCCACGGUCACAAUUGGAGAGUCUGCCUGAUUUGAUCAGAUUCACCUCUGGGAGAGGAGUGAUGCUAAGAGUCCCUGGGACAUCCGGCCUCCGUCGCCCGGUAGAUGUGGCUUUUCCAUGCGGAGGCUGCACGUCCCGCCUGAGCCAGCCGCCGCCUCACCAGGCCCCCUGCGGGCCGCACCCCGGGGACUGUGCCGCCAUGCUCCGCCUGCUGGCCCUCCUCCUGCACUGCCUGCCACUGGCCUCCGGGGACUACGACAUCUGCAAAUCCUGGGUGACCACAGACGAAGGCCCCACCUGGGAGUUCUAUGCCUGCCAGCCCAAGGUGAUGCGCCUGAAGGACUACGUCAAGGUGAAGGUGGAGCCCUCCGGCAUCACAUGCGGAGACCCCCCGGAGAGAUUCUGCUCCCACGAGAACCCCUACCUGUGUAGCAACGAGUGUGACGCCUCCAACCCAGACUUGGCCCACCCGCCCCGGCUGAUGUUCGACCGGGAGGACGAGGGCCUGGCCACCUACUGGCAGAGCGUCACGUGGAGCCGCUACCCCAGCCCGCUGGAGGCCAACAUCACCCUGUCGUGGAACAAGAGCGUGGAGCUGACGGACGACGUGGUUGUCACCUUCGAGUACGGCCGGCCCACCGUCAUGGUCCUGGAGAAGUCGCUGGACAACGGGCGGACGUGGCAGCCCUACCAGUUCUACGCGGAGGACUGCAUGGAGGCCUUCGGCAUGCCCGCGCGGCGGGCGCGCGACCUGUCGGCGUCGGGCGCACACCGGGUGCUGUGCACCGAGGAGUACUCGCGCUGGGCCGGCUCCAAGAAGGAGAAGCUCGUGCGCUUCGAGGUGCGGGACCGCUUCGCCAUCUUCGCCGGCCCCGACCUGCGCAACAUGGACAACCUGUACACGCGGCUGGAGAGCGCCAAGGGCCUCAAGGAGUUCUUCACCCUCACCGACCUGCGCAUGAGGCUGCUGCGGCCGGCGCUGGGCGGCACCUACGUGCAGCGGGAGAACCUCUACAAGUACUUCUACGCCAUCUCCAACAUCGAGGUCACCGGCAGGUGCAAGUGCAACCUGCACGCCAACCUGUGCUCCGUGCGCGACGGCAGCCUGCAGUGUGAGUGUGAGCACAACACCACGGGCCCCGACUGCGGCAAGUGCAAGAGGAGCUUCCGCACGCGGUCCUGGCGCGCCGGCUCCUACCUGCCGCUGCCCCACGGCUCCCCCAACGCGUGUGCCGCCGCGGGCUCCGCCGUCGGCAGCAUCAGCAGGUCCCGGAAAGACCCUGUCCCCAAAGCCCCUGUGGCCACUGCGGCCAUUAGGGGGGACCCUGCUACUCCUACCCCCCCAACAUCCACUGCCUGGGCCCCUGGGGCCCCCAGCACCCUACAGCCCACAGAGUGGAGCAGGCCGUCCACCGCUGCCCCGCUCUGGGCGAGCGCCCCUUGGCCCCAGGUGUCCUCCAGUGCAGAAGCUGCGGGCACCUCCGCUGUUGCCCCCGCCCCCGCCCCUGCCAAGGCCUCCAAACUUUUCCAGCUCAGGCCCAAAUCUCCUCAAGUGAUGCCUGUUGAAGAAUUCGAAGACUGCGAGUGCUAUGGCCACUCCAACCGCUGCAGCUACAUCGACUUCCUGAACGUGGUGACCUGCGUCAGCUGCAAGCACAACACGCGGGGCCAGCACUGCCAGCACUGCCGCCUGGGCUACUACCGAAACGGCUCUGCGGAGCUGGACGACGAGAACGUGUGCAUCGAGUGUAACUGCAACCAGAUCGGCUCCGUGCACGACCGGUGCAACGAGACCGGCUUCUGCGAGUGCCGCGAGGGCGCGGCGGGGCCCAAGUGCGACGACUGCCUCCCCACGCACUACUGGCGCCAGGGCUGCUACCCCAACGUGUGCGACGACGACCAGCUGCUGUGCCAGAACGGGGGCACCUGCGUGCAGAACCAGCGCUGCGCCUGCCCGCGUGGCUACACCGGCGCGCGCUGCGAGCAGCCCCGCUGCGACCCCGCCGACGACGAGGGCGGCCUGGACUGCGACCGCGCGCCGGGGGCUGCCCCACGCCCCGCCACCCUGCUCGGCUGCCUGCUGCUGCUGGGGCUGGCCGCCCGCCUGGACUGCUGA